AUGAAAAUUCAAGCAUCUCAAGGCAGACGAUCCAAAGAAACACAAUCCAUAUGCUUCGAUACUUCUGGGUACCUGGCCAAGUACUCCUCGCAGCAGCACAAACGACGUACCUCUCUGGUAUUUCGAUGGCACCUCGUGCACCCAACCACGCUAAACCCGAUCGGGUACGCUAAGAGUGACACGGCAUUCAUCGACUUUCGCCAGGACACUCCGUACUCCUUGGAGUUCCUCGUCCUGAUCUUAUCCUUAGCCUCCCAUUUCUAUCUCGGACCCAUAUCCGUGUUCUCGGGCUUCCCCUGUCCGUCAAUUCACAGUCCGGCUGUUCCGAUCCGCUGGCACUUGCACGUCUCCCCUAGAAAGCGCCACCAUCCCUCCCGGACCCCGACUAUGGCUCAAUGA